AUGCUGUCGACGACCUUCACAGGUGUGGCACCGGCUGCGCGGCGAGGUGGUGUGGAGCCGGUUACGACACCGGGGUCAGUUAGACAAAGCAACGACCGCGGAGGUGCUCGGGUCGGGAGGGAGAUAUCAGAAGGAAUCGGUGUUCAGGAGUGGCCCGACGGCUCCAAAUAUGAGGGAGAGUUUAUAAACGGCUUCAAACACGGCAAAGGAAGGUACAGCUGGACAAAUGGAGAGUACUAUGAGGGCUCUUUCUACAAAGACUACAAGCAUGGAGAUGGACUGUAUUGCUGGCCCACGGGCCAAAAGUUCAUUGGCAAGUUCUACCUCAACAGAAGGGAGGGAUAUGGUCAGCAAGUGUUCUCCGAUGGAGCCCUCUUUCAGGGCUUGUACCACAUGGAUCAGAGGUUUGGUCCAGGUGUGCUCAAUUAUCCAGAUGGGCGAGAGGAUGUGGGUCUGUGGCUCAAGGACCACCUGCUAAGGCUCUGUACCCCUUUGGAAGAGGGAUUUAGCCUGAAGAAUUUUCCUGAGUAUUCUGCCUACAUGGAUCCAUCAGUCACUGAAAAAUCCCUGACUCAGGGGGAUGAAGACAGAGAUUUGCUGUUAGAUGAGAUUUUCAUCUAUCCACCCGGCAUGGAGAGUUACUCAACAGAUGGGGACCACUUGCCACUCCCUCCUGGUCGAAGAACAGAGCUGGAUCAACAUUUUUAUGGCGAGCUGUGGGAGCCGGACGCUCAUCCUUACCAAGGCUAUGCAAGAGACCCACUGUCCACAAUGCCAUUACAGGCCCGCCUGCAAGCUCACAUACACAACCACAGGUUACAGGCUGAAAAUGUGGGAUGGGACACGGCAGCCGUUCUCUCUAUGAACAGGGACAGUUUUGGUCCUAAAGGGCCUUUGGAAGUCAGUUCAGAAUUGCUGAUCCAGCACUCCUCCAAAGGAGACCUGCACGCUGUAUCACAGAUCCUCAGGACUGGUUUAGUCUACCCUGAUGUAGCAGAUUCGCACGGGCACACAGCUCUGAUCGCUGCCACCGUAAACUGCCAUAAUGAUGUGAUCCACCUGUUGUUGGACAUGGGUGUUGAUAUUGACAAGAUGAACUGUGAAGGCAUGUCUGCCCUGGCUGUGUGUCAUGUCCUCUACUAUCCUUUUCAAUCUCUACACAUCACUGGAGCUGAACCACCUGCUAGAAACCAAAUCAGCCAAGUCGACCUCAAUAUGGACACAUCGUUAAUUAACAACCUCUCUGACCAAUCAAUAGAAGAACCAACUGAACACAUUUCACUUCUCAACCGUGAAGCAUCCAGUGACAGUGAACUCCUCUCUGAGCGCAGGGUCGGGCUGAAUGAACCUGAUUAUGUCGCACACGCUGAACACACACAGGGGGAGCAGAGGACAGAGGAAGGAGAGGACAGACACUGUGAGGAGACAGAAAGCAUGAGGAGCAAAGGGAAGCAAAGAAAGACAGAGAGCAGAUAUGAUCAGAGAAGGGAACGAGGAGUAAGUGAGGUUGAAGAUACAGAAAGAGAAUUUAAAAGGGGGGACAAGAAAGACAAACAGGGUGAGUCUGCUGAGACCAACGAGUUAAGCACAGAUUACCUGGAAGAGGAGAGUUGCGAGGAGGAUGAGAAAGAUGUGGAGGAUAUAGAGGGUAGCGAUGAGAGUGGAAAAGAGGACAUGUCUUUUGUAGAACGCUCCAUUCAAGUGCUGGAUGGUCACAUUAAACUGGGCACCGUGCAGUGGAAGGGAGCUCAAGCUAAGCAAGGCAAAGAUCUGACCUCAAAACAGAGCUUUGACUCCACCUGUUGUCUCAGAAGCUACGAGAUUCAAGUCACAGACAAAAUGAUCCAGCUCGCUGCUGAAGCUCUGAGUCGCACCGGGGUUUCCAUGCACUGCAGCACGCAGGAGACAGUAUGCAAAAUGGCUGCUAUGAAAAUAGAGCACCGCAUUCGUUUGGGCACCAUGAAACUGUUGUUGGACCGUGGAGCUGAUCCCAAUGCAGCCAGGAUCCCCAUGCCCAUGCUCUUUUUAGCCAUUAUGGCAGCUGACACCGAGAAUGUGAGGAAACUGCUGCUGUGCGGAGCUCGCACUGACAUCCCUCUUCCACCAGAGAGGAAAGGCUUGUAUCCCCUGCAUGUAGCUGCAACACUGCCAGGUCCAGCAGGUCCCAGAAUCACACAGCUGCUGCUGCACGCCAUCACCGACCCAGACGUACGGGCGUGCGACCAGGACGAGAUCUACGAACCAGACAAGAUUUCCACAAAGGCCACAGAAACACUAAAUACCAGCCCACAUCUCAAAGAAGGAGGCCGCACCGCUCUACAUUUUGCCUGCCAGAGAGAAAGCGACUACAGGAAUGCCAGUGAAGUGGUUGCCAUCUUGCUCUCCCACAGAGCCAGUACAGACCUUCUCUGGAGCGGCCACUCACCUCUCUCCUUGGCUAUAGCAAGUGGCAAUGAUAUGGCGGUAGACGAGCUGUUGAAUGGAGGUGCAGAUCCCAACUUACCCCUGGGCUGGAGGGUGGGCAGCGCGCUUUGUGCCCUCACCAACAUCAACUACCACUUAGUUGGGCACAGAAUUAAGCUGUUGGACACGUUAACGAAGGCUGGAGCUGAUAUCUUGAUGCCAGUUACAGUGUGUGGCAUUGUUGGAACUGCAGUCGAUUAUGCACGCUACUCCUUCAAACAGGACUCACAUAUUGCUUAUACUCCUUUCCACGCUCUGAGCAUUCGGGAGAGAAAAAUAUUUGAAGCACGGCAAAAGCUGCUGAGCAAGAUGGAAGACUUGAUGAGGCAGGUUGCUGCUGAGAGGGAAACUGGAGACCUUUCCUCCAACAAGGCUCUUGCCAGCAAUAAAAGCCUACCAGAGGAAACACGAGAGCACAGGAAACCAGUGUUAAAGUUCUGCUUUCACUGCGGUCGCUCAGUGUCUGUGAAUCUGACCCCGGGCAGGCGCUGCAACAAGGUCUUCUACUGCUCCAGGACCUGCAAGCUCAACUCCUGGCAAGAAAGACACAAGAAAGAGUGCGUCUGGGUGUCAGCAUCUGUUGACAGUGCCCAGAAAAGUGAUGUGUCAAAAACCCUACGAAGUCCCAGGGCUUUGUCUGCCAUCUUGAAAUCCAAAACAGCCCCCAGGCCACUGAGUGUCCAGUUCAAAUCCCAAACAGAACUAAAGCUGCUGAGCAAGGCAGAGAAAAAGUUGGAGAGCCAAAACCCACUCAAUCUGAGGGAAAACUACAGCCACAACUGA